AUGGCUUCAUCCACCGAAAGCGCCCAGACCCAACACCUUGCUCUACUGUCAGGCCUCCAUGCUCUGACGAUACCCAAGGAUAAUGAUCCCUGGAGACAACCUCAGCCUCCAGCAUACUCUCCGCAGGCACAACCGACGGUCUUUGGCAGCAUCGCAUCCCACUUUGUAAGACGAGAUAUCACUCACGAGAGCCAAUACAGUCAACGGAUCUGUCAUCUUCCCCAAGGCUCGAUCUUAGAUGCCGACGAGGAAGGGGAAGAGGAAGAACCAUCACCCAUUUCUCUGCGUAUCUCAACAAGAAUCGACGUGGCCAGCGAUAGCAACCUCAUCGCCCUGCCCUAUUCGCCUGCGGCACAGGCAAAUUCCAUCGCAAAAGCGGUAGUCGAUGCCAUUUAUGAGAGAGAUUGGACAGCGGGGUGCCCCUUGAUAGAUGAAAAUGGGCGGUCAAGACCAUUGAAGCUGGAAGUUGAUGCAGGUAUCACUGUGAGGGGAUCGUCAAAUGUCAUCGGCACGGAAGCAGUCAUCGCAGAGUUCCUUCGUCGUGGAACGUACACACAGAAGAACCCAACCAACCGACAACCCCGGAGACAGUCUACCGAUUCCACGGCGUCUCCUUCAUCGCCAAAUCGGAGAAGGCCGGCCUCAGAGCUAGAUGCACCAGAGCACCCAGUAUACAAGCGCGCUCGGAGUGAGGAGUGA